CUCUCUCUUGUUCCUGGGGUCUGAAUCUGUUUAUUAUUCGUUGCUUGGGUUGGCAAAAACAAACCCUAAAACAUCAAUCUCCUCUCAUCUCAAUCUGAAAUCGUAUAAUCUUUAAGAGACUACCACCACCGUCCUGCUCAUUUGUCACAUGCGUCUCCUCCUGAUUACUUUGUCCGCCAGGGGAAUACAACUUAUCAAGACGAUCUAUUUUUGAGGAAGAGGACAAGGAUGCGUCGGUGGCUUUGUUGCACUUGUCAGGUGGAGGAGUCUUACCCAUCGAACGAGAAUGAACACCUGAAAAGCCCAAGGAAUUACGGAGACAACAACCAAAAAGGCUCAAAGGUGUCAGCUCCUGUCAAGCCUGAAACACAAAAGUUAACNCAAGGUGCACAACCAGGGCCAACACUUGAUUGGAUACAGCGAGUUAGAAUCGCAGUUGAUGCAGCCAGGGGAUUGGAGUAUUUACAUGAGAAAGUUCAGCCACCAAUUAUACACAGGGAUAUCAGAUCAAGUAAUGUGCUAAUAUUUGAAGACUACAAGGCUAAGAUAGCUGACUUUAACCUUUCCAAUCAGGCCCCUGACAUGGCUGCCCGUCUUCAUUCAACUCGUGUAUUGGGAACUUUUGGUUAUCAUGCUCCAGAAUAUGCAAUGACUGGGCAGUUGACUCAAAAAAGCGAUGUCUAUAGUUUUGGUGUUGUUCUUCUUGAGCUUCUCACAGGAAGAAAACCUGUUGACCACACCAUGCCUCGAGGACAGCAGAGUCUUGUCACAUGGGCUACUCCACGAUUGAGUGAAGAUAAAGUGAAACAGUGCGUUGACCCAAAACUGAAGGGAGAAUAUCCCCCUAAAGGAGUUGCUAAGCUUGCAGCUGUUGCAGCACUGUGCGUGCAGUAUGAAGCUGAGUUUAGGCCGAAUAUGAGCAUUGUUGUUAAAGCACUCCAACCACUUCUGAAGACUCCUGCUCCUGCUCCAGAAAGUUGAAGCAAAUGAAAUGGUUCACUUUGGUUUCUGCAUAUUCUGCACAGCUCGAUUCAAUUAUCUCCAGAUUUCAUCAAAUACUGCAGAUAUAUCUAUAUUUUUAUUUUUGUUUGAGAUUGGAUGUGUAGGAUUUGAUUGGCUCGUUUCAUGUCAUUGUUAAAUUCCAUGUAUUUAUGGCGUCGCACUUGUAUUGCCGAGUCUACUGACAUAUAUAGAGCCAUGAUGCCUCAUAGGUUUGGGUUGCGUGGUGCAUAUCUGAGGGUAAUGUUGUUUGUCAGUUAACGUUAAUGCCCCCAUAUUCUUUAUUUGUUUCUUGCUAUCAAACUGAGCUGAUACAUGUCUUGAAAGACCCAUCACUUCUUGUUC